GAAGAAGAAGAAGAAGAAGAAAAAAACCCGAAGCAGGCGGCCAUUAAACCCAUAGACAUCACAUGGAGAACUCUUGCCGUGUUAUUGUGUUCUAUAGUCAGCAAUGAGCAGCUCUCGCCAUUGAGUUGUUAUCCAACCUUAAGGAUUAGAAGAAGGAGCAUAACUCAAGGUUGUUGGAACAGUUGUAAAGAUGCCUCGUCUUAAAAGUUUUCGUCGUGCACAAGCCUUUAGAAAGAGGAAGAAUGACCUCAAACGAGUGGAGGUCGACAUCAAAGUUGAAGAAAACACGUUUGUGGCUUGUCAAGGAACAGGAAACCGUCAAAGAGAUAGACCUUGGCCGACCUCUUCUGCCAACAAUACCUGCAAACUGGUCAUUCCCCCAGAACCAAUGGACAAGAAAUUUGUCUUUGUUGUAGGAGACUCUCAUCUAAGGGCUGUUGUGGAUGGAUUUGCUCCUAUUAAAGCAGACGGUCUUUACUUUGGUUUCUUGGCCGUCCCUGGAGGAACAGCGUUGGACCUGAGAACCGAGCUCCUCAAUGCGGUCAUCCCACGCACCCCUGAUGUAGUUUGUUUGUUAGCUCCAAGCAACACUUUGAGGAGAAGCACUGUUGUCAGUGAAGCUGGGAAACGGUUUGAAAAGCUCCUAACAACUGUUUGCACACUUUUUCCAAAGGUGUUUGUGUUGGAUUUCCCUCCAAGACUUGACGUGGAUCCUCAGGUUCAGUCUCUUCUACGACAAGAAUUCCGAAGAGUAUCAGUGCAACUGGGUGUGCAAUACAAAUCGGUUGCUGAGCUGUUUCCGAUGAGUAAACUGCACCUGUGGAGCAGAGAUGGGGUACACCUUAGUGAUGAUGAUGGGAUGAAGAUCCUAACUAAAGCUAUAUAUGAGACCUCAGAUGAGCAGAUUCCCAAGCCAACUGCUGAGACCAAAGUGACGCCCACCAUGUCACACUCUCCCCCAAAGUUGCUUUGUACACCUGAUGUUCCAGUUGUGGCCCCACAAAACCCCUUUGAAUCGGAGGUUGUUGGAUCCCACAAGAAGGCUUCUCCUACUUCAAGCCAACAUAAAAACUGUGCUUCACCAAAGAGAGUUCUCCAUCUAAAGGUGGAAGAAGAAAUGAAGUUUUCUGUGGAGCUGAAUCCAAAGUGGUUGGAUGAUGACAUGCUGGGAAUCUCGUGGGACGGCAACACAUCAACUUUAGAAGAUGCUUCUAUUGCAUCAUUUCAAGAACCAAUGGCUUCUCCAAGUUCAAGCCAACAUCAAAGCUGUGCUUCACCAAAGAAAGAAGAAGAAAUGGAGUUUUCUGUGGAGCUGAAUCCAAAGUGGUUGGAUGAUGACAUGCUGGAAAUCUUGGGGGACGGCAACACAUCAACUUUUGGAGAUGCUUCUACUGCAUCAUUUAAAAAAACAAAGAGCUGUGACAGAGUAGUGGCUGGUGAGGAAACUGUCACCAAAAACG